CAGCGCGCCAUUGAGGGUUGAUUGGUACUGGGCUGGCAAUCCAUCAGAGGUUUGCCGGGGUUUUGCGGCUUCCAGCAUAUCUUUUUUUUGUGUUCAUCACACUUCCUAUUGUCUCAGCCGCCUCUUCUUUUCUACUAGCGGAAAAGUGACUCAAGAAAAUGGCGGACUGGAAGCCUCAAAUCAGCUACAACUACAACCCUUCCUACCACGCAUAUGCCUACAGCCUCUUAUACCAACCCGAGCAAAACCACGGAAACCUCGCGACCUGGGGUGAGGCUGGAGAUCUGGGGAGCUACAAUACCGGGGUAACACAGGCCUACUAUGGCACGACCGCCAGGUCUCCAGAGGAGAGUCCUCCAAGCCCGGAGGACCGCGUUGCGAACGCCCAUUGUCACUACCAGGGCUCGGGGGUUGUCUAUCUCGGGGACACCCAGGCCAGCCGCCUGCUUCUGGGCGGACCACAUCGAGCUGUCUACGAGGACCAGGAACUCGAGGCCAGGCGAGUCGGCUGUGAUUCAACAAGUGAUUCCGAGGCCCACACCUCACCAGAUUCAUGGCGUUCUGGCAGCAGCAGAGAAGGAAGCCUCCCCCAGGCAGACCCCGUGUCGUGGGCCAAGAAAGAUCUCGACGAUGAGACGAGCAGCAGAAGCCCCGAUGCCAGUGAGGAUGUCUCCAGUUCUCUCAUAGAAGAACAAGGGACCUAUGUAACUGCAGGGAAUGACUGCACCAACAUACCUUCCUCUUUACAUGCACCCCACGCUGCCCCAAAGAAGCCAAGCACUAACGCAGUCAAUAACCCUCGAGGAAAAGUGCGGGCAGCUUUCUCUGAGAGUCAGAUGAAUACUCUUGUUCAGCGCUUCAGUGUGCAGAGGUACCUCACCCCUGCUGAGAUGAAGAACGUGGCUGAAAUGACAGGUCUCACAUACAAACAGGUAAAAACAUGGUUUCAGAAUCGAAGAAUGAAGCUAAGAAGGCACCAGAAGGAUAACGGCUGGGUUGCAGAGCGCUAUGCCAACAAGGAAAGUCCAGUACGGGGACGUGGACCGAUGUUCCACAACAUGCCUCCACAUAUCCCACCUUACCAGGGAGAAACUCAUCCACAGAUAAAGGAGCAUUGCAACCAGCACAUGAUGGAGGCAGCCUUCAAGAAAACAGCUCCUCAGAACUUGGCCUUUUAUUUAGCUGCUAUGAGCUCGACAGCUGGAUCUGCUGGCUUCCCAUCCUGGUCCUCAGGCUCAACCCAGACUGGAAUGCCUCCCAGGCCUCAGCCAAAUGGCUGGUCCAUGCCACCUAAUGUCAGUCAUAUUGAAUACAACCACAGCGCAUUCACUUCUGCAAGUAACACUGGAAAUGACACUGGCUUUGAAGUUAAAGAUGGGGAUUCUGUCAGCAUCCGCAGCUCGAUGAUGCCAGUCAUAGUAAAGAAUGUCAGCCAGUAGGCCAUGGUUGAUUUGACAAGAAUGAGGCAUUCCUUUGUAUGCUGUGUUUAUACUCUUAUCUUCUUUUUUCCUGACUGCUGAGAUGUCUUUUGUCUGACUGGUUGUACAUAGGACUUGUUCAUACUUCCUGUUGACUUUUUACCCCAAAGUUUCUAUUUUUAUAUUCAACUAUUUAACGAUGGUGUGCUCUUUGCGCUUGGUGACACCAUGUGUUCAAACUGGAUGCAUUUAAGUGUUGCAAUGUUUUAUUUUUUUAUACAAUUUUAAGCCAAAGUACUGAUACACAUCUAAUGUGGACACACUUUCAUCAUUUUUUUGUAAAAAUAUUCUGGCUCACAACAACAACUGGAUGUACUGUGAAUCUAGUAUGAGAUAUGGUCACAUUUAUGAAGGCAUGAACUUAUUCCAAGCUGUUUUAGAAUUAAUUGCAUGUGACAACAGUGGAAAAACACCAAUGGUGACAUCACUGUAAGAAAAUCUUCAUUCAAGCAUUUAAAUAUUUGUGCAGGUUGUCAAAUUUGCAAUAAACAAGGAAAAAAGUA